AGAGAGCUAAACAAACAGCAAACAGAAAAAAAGUAAAAGUCAAGGCAGCAAAGAUGAGCGGAACAGGAGGAGGAGGAGGUGGUGGUGGUGGCGGCGGCGGCGCACAGGUAAACCACUCGUUAGCAUUCCGAGUAAUGCGACUAUGUCGUCCUUCUCUUCACGUCGAAACUCCUCUCCUUUUCGACCCUGCUGAUCUCCUCAUCGGCGAAGACAAUUCCACCAAUCUCUCUCCUCUUUUCUCCGAUUCUCUCUCCUCAAAUUCCGAUCUCUCUUUUCGCUCUCGUUUCCUUCUCUCUGAUCCUUCUAAUGCGUCUGGUCUCUCUGGCCUCCUCGUUCUCCCGCAAUCCUUCGGGGCGAUUUAUUUGGGAGAGACGUUUUGUAGCUAUAUUAGUAUUAAUAAUAGUUCCAGUUUCGAGGUUCGAGAUAUUGUUAUUAAGGCGGAAAUUCAAACUGAAAGGCAGAGGGUACUGCUAUUGGAUACAUCGAAAUCACCCGUUGAAACGAUAAGAGCUGGGGGACGUUAUGAUUUUAUUGUGGAACAUGAUGUGAAGGAAUUGGGGGCACACACGUUGGUAUGCAGUGCUUUGUACAAUGAUGGUGAUGCUGAUCGCAAAUAUCUGCCUCAGUUUUUCAAGUUCAUUGUUGCCAAUCCACUUUCUGUUAGGACAAAGGUUCGUCUUGUCAAGGAUCUCACAUUCCUGGAGGCUUGUAUUGAAAACCACACUAAAGCAAACCUUUACAUGGACCAAGUUGAAUUUCAGCCAGCUCAGAAUUGGGGUGCCACAGUACUUGCAGCUGAUACGUAUCUUCCAGAAAAGAAUGCGACUAGCGACAGAGAAAUAUUCAAGCCACCGGUUUUAAUAAAAUCUGGAGGUGGAAUUCACAACUUCCUAUAUCAGCUGAAGUCGUCUUCACAAGAGUCUACUCAAACGAGAACCGAAGGAAGCAAUAUUCUUGGUAAACUCCAAAUAACGUGGCGAACAAACUUGGGAGAGCCAGGCCGCUUGCAGACCCAGCACAUCCUCGGCAGUGCUGUUCCUCGCAAAGAGAUCGACUUGCAGGUGGUGAAUAUUCCACUAGCCAUAAUAUUGCACAAACCCUUUGAGGUACAACUAAGUCUCUCAAACCAGACAGAGAGAGCCCUGGGGCCUUUUGAGAUCUGGUUUUCAGGGGAUGCCAAUGGGGAGAGGGCGUUUAUGGUUAAUGGCCUUCAAACUAUGGCUUUGCCAGAGGUUCGCGCUUUCAGUUCCACUGAAUUAAGCAUGAACCUGAUUGCAACUAAAGUUGGAGUCCAGAAAAUCACAGGGAUUACAGUUUUAGACUCUGUUGAGAAGAAAUCUUAUGAGCCCCUUCCAGAUCUAGAGAUUUUUGUUGAUUUGGAUUGAACUCUGGCACAAAUGUGAUGGGGAGACUUUGAAUUGUGGAUUGAAUGCUGAAUGACUUGAGCAAGAUGGAGUUCUGUUUACUGACCUAAAGAGUAAAGACAACGUGUGCCCUCGCCAUGGCUAAAGCCAAAACCAGAGAGAUUUGCAUCUGCUAAGGAGCUGUUUAAAGUGGAAAGACUGGAGCUCUCAUCUAAAUUUAACAUGCAGUCAGCAAGUUAUUUUUGUGAUGCGGCUAAUAUUGUAAAGACAGAAUUCACUCUCAUUUGUUGGUUUCUACACGGUAAAGCCCCUCGGAUUUGGGUUGCUUACUAGAGAGUAGCAAAGAGAUCUUAAAUUUUAAUCUGUUAGUACUUGUACAUGUAAAGUAUAAUCUAUAAGGUAAGUAAUUUU